UUGCCCGGUGAAAAGCGUAUUCUGUGGCGCUUGGCGAGUGAAAAGCGAAACGAGCAAACUCUCAAAUAACGUACCACUUCCGGCUUUGCAUCCACUGAAAUCGCCCGUCACCGUACGAUCGCUUUCGUGAGCCCAUCGUUCGGUACAAGGCGGCCAUCGUGCACUGUUCGGUCCAGCACGCGUUUAUCUUACGCAUUCGUACGCUCGGUCGGAGGUUCGAUCGUCAGUCACUGCAGGACUGGUGGUUCAGUUAACGUUGAACAUAGCUCGUGGUCGGAUCGUGCCAGCAGCGCUCCAACUCUGCAUCUUUCCAUCCCAAAAGUCUAUUCGGGACUCGUGAACAAUUCUGUGCACGUGUGCGCUUCACCAAUUGUGCUGAGGAUCAUUUGCCACAGUGUUUCGCCCAACGGUAACGCAGGUGAUCGUGCUCGUUCUAUAAAGUGCGUUAAGUGCGAGUUGUAAUUGUUGUUUAAAACCGUUUGUGUGCAAGGAAAACUUCGUCAACAUGAGAGAAAUUGUACAUCUUCAGGCCGGUCAGUGCGGUAACCAGAUUGGAGCCAAGUUCUGGGAGAUCAUCUCCGAAGAGCACGGAAUCGAUGCUACUGGUGUUUACAAUGGAGAGUCCGAUCUUCAGCUGGAGCGUGUGAGCGUGUAUUACAACGAAGCCUCUGCAGUUUCGCGGGCGUCCGGUGGCAAGUAUGUGCCCCGUGCGAUCUUGCUCGAUCUGGAACCGGGUACGAUGGAGGCGGUUCGUUCCGGAUCGUACGGCAAGCUGUUCCGUCCGGAUAACUUCGUCUUUGGACAAUCCGGUGCUGGCAACAACUGGGCGAAGGGUCACUAUACCGAGGGAGCCGAGCUGGUUGAUGCCGUGUUGGAUGUGGUGCGCAAGGAAUGCGAAAACUGUGACUGUCUGCAGGGAUUCCAAUUGACCCACUCGCUUGGAGGUGGUACUGGUUCGGGUAUGGGCACGUUGCUCAUCUCGAAAAUCCGUGAGGAAUAUCCGGAUCGUAUCAUGAACACCUACUCGGUUGUACCAUCGCCGAAAGUGUCGGACACGGUGGUUGAACCUUACAACGCCACUCUCUCGAUCCAUCAACUGGUGGAAAAUACGGACGAAACAUACUGUAUCGACAAUGAGGCUCUGUACGAUAUUUGCUUCCGCACCCUGAAGGUACCUAACCCUAGCUACGGUGACUUGAAUCACUUGGUUUCGCUGACUAUGUCUGGCGUCACCACCUGCCUGCGAUUCCCGGGUCAGCUGAAUGCCGAUCUGCGCAAGCUGGCCGUCAACAUGGUGCCGUUCCCGCGUCUUCACUUCUUCAUGCCUGGCUUCGCUCCGCUCACAUCCCGUGGCUCACAACAGUACCGCGCACUGACUGUGCCGGAGCUGACGCAACAGAUGUUCGAUGCCAAGAACAUGAUGGCGGCUUGUGAUCCGCGACAUGGCCGCUACCUGACGGUAGCUGCCGUAUUCCGUGGCCGCAUGUCCAUGAAGGAGGUGGAUGAGCAGAUGCUUGCGGUUCAGAACAAGAAUAGUAGCUACUUCGUAGAGUGGAUCCCGAACAACGUCAAGACCGCCGUCUGUGAUAUUCCACCGAAGGGGCUGAAGAUGUCGUCCACCUUCAUCGGUAACACGACCGCCAUCCAGGAGCUGUUCAAGCGUAUCUCUGAACAGUUCUCCGCUAUGUUCCGUCGCAAGGCGUUCUUGCAUUGGUACACCGGUGAGGGUAUGGACGAGAUGGAGUUCACCGAGGCAGAGAGCAACAUGAACGACCUGGUGUCGGAAUACCAGCAGUACCAGGAGGCGACCGCGGAUGAUGAGUUCGAGCAGGAAGACUGCCAGGAUGAGAUGGAAGGUGAAUGCGUUUGAAACCCCCGGACACUAGAAGACAACAGUCCGUGGCCAGCAUGAACUUCCUGGCUUUGGCAUUUUUAUUAUUUAUUAAAUUUUUUCGUAGCUAGGCAAACGAUUUUAUAUUCCGAAUACCGGAGACUGCGUGUGUGUAAAGAAACGUUAAAGUAACAUUUACUAAAAAAAACUCAAGAAGAAGAAAAAAUGAAGCCAGAAAAAAAUAUUAUAAGAACUUACUCGAUUAAACGUUCGAACAUUCUAGCUAGAUUCCUGCAUUAAUACGAAUUCAAAACGAACACCAACCACUCAAUAUCAUCUUGGAUCUCAAGACAGAAACUAUUUCUGAGAGGAGAUAUGUUGUAAAUUCUUAAGCAAAAUCAAGCAUUAAGAGCUAUCUGAUUUUUUUCUGAAGAUGGAAAUUUUGUCUCCCGUUGAGUGGGUGCUCCAGCAAAGUUUCUUGACGCCGGAGAAAUUGGUUGCCGCGAGCACCAAACGACUAGAGACGCAUAGGAUUGCAGAUGAAGUUAACGGCGAUGGCAAAAUGUUUCCAUUCAAUCAUUAAUAAAUCACGUGUGUUUCUUAUCCGAGACAGGUUACUUUUUGCACGUGCGAGAUCAAGAUGUACCGGGAGCUCAUGUGCUUUAACAUUAGGGAAGGUUAACGAUUGUAUGGCAUUAUCUGGAAAUUAUGUAAUGUAUCGAUUAACUACCAGCAGUCCGUGCCGACACAGUUGCUUUUUGUGUUAAAUAUAUCCGGCCUGCAUCGGGUUUCCAUGUUAACCCAAAGACGAGAUUGUAAUGUGCUGCGGCAAUUGUAACCUUACCGUCAUAUCGUUGAUCGGUGACAGUCAAGCAAAAUAUAUCCUCAUUAUUUAUACCAUGUA